AUGAGUGUCCUAGUUUGGAAUUGUCGUGGGCUUGGGAACCCACAGACAAUUCGAGAGCUCGGGAAUUUGGUCCGGGCACAAGAUCCUGCGGUUGUGUUCUUGGCCGAGACAUGGCUGACAGAAGAUAGGCUGAAGUUUCUUUUGCGGAAUUUUGUUUGUGAUCAGAAGUUUGUUGUUUCAAAAAUAAGUCAGGGGGGCGGUCUUGCUCUUCUGUGGAGGUCUGAUUUUGACGUUAAGGUAGUGUCUUCUUCAAUAAAUCAUAUUGAUGCUGUGAUUAAUUCAGGGAAGGAAAACUCUUGGAGGUUUACCGGUUUCUACGGUAAUCCCGAGACUCACAAACAUCAUGAGUCUUGGGCUGUCCUAAAAAAUCUGAACCGAAAUUCUUCCUUGCCUUGGCUUUGUUCGGGUGAUUUUAAUGAGAUUUUAAGGUCUCAUGAAAAGAAAGGUGGUAGAGCGAGACCGGAGGUGCAGAUGCGGGACUUCCGGGACACAUUGGAUGAAUGUGGUUUUGCCGACUUGGGGUUUAGUGGCCAAAAAUUCACUUGGUGUAAAAGGUUGGCAGGAGGUGUUAUGGUUUGGGAGCGUCUUGAUAGGGCGGUGGCUAAUCAAGAAUGGAUUUCUAUGUUUCCGGGAUACUCAGUUGAAUUAAGGGAACUUCUUAUUAAGGAAGAAAAGCUUUGGCAGCAGCGUUCCAAGUUGCAUUGGCUUAAAGAAGGGGAUCAAAAUACACGUUACUUCCAUGGUAAAGCUUCUCAGAGGUAUAGGAAAAAUUGUAUCAAACGCUUAAGAAACAAAAAUGGGGAGUGGGUUGAUGGGGAGGACCAAAUUGCUCAAUUAUUUAUUGACUAUUACAGUGAGCUUUUCACAACUUCAAAUCCUUCUCAUUUGGAGGAGGUAUUGGAGAAUAUUCCGCAGGUUGUCUCAGAUUCUAUGAAUGCGGAUUUGGUGAAACCUUUUGUUAAGCAAGAGGUGGAUGUGGCUCUUAAGCAGAUGGCACCUCUGAAAGCGCUAGGCCCGGAUGGCAUGCCCCCCAUUUUCUAUCAACACUAUUGGGACUCCAUUGGUGAUGACGUGUCUUGUGCUGUUCUUUCCUGCCUUAAUUCAGGUUCUAUCCCAGCUAGUCUUAAUCAUACUCAUAUCACCCUUAUCCCCAAAAUAAAAAAUCCCGAAAGUGUUUCUGAUUUUAGGCCUAUAUCUUUAUGUAACAUUCUGUAUAAGUUAAUUUCUAAGGUGUUGGCUAACCGUUUGAAAACUCUGUUGCCAUAUGUUGUAUCAGAAUCCCAGAGUGCCUUUCAAUCCGAUAAGGCUAUCUCGGAUAAUAUUUUGGUAGCUUUUGAAACAUUACAUCAUAUGAAGAUCAAAAAAACGGGGAAGGAGGGGUUUAUGGCUAUGAAAUUGGAUAUGAGUAAGGCUUACGAUAGGGUUGAGUGGAUUUUUUUGGAGAAGUUGAUGCGAAAGUUGGGUUUCCAUGAGAGAUGGGUUGAUAUGGUUAUGGCUACAAUCAAAUCCGUGUCUUACUCUUUCUUGAUCAAUGGGUUCCCUCGAGGAUUCAUUAAGCCUACUAGGGGGAUUCGUCAAGGCGACCCCCUAUCCCGUUAUCUUUUCUUGUUGUGUUCGGAAGGAUUAAAUGGGUUGCUCAAUAAAGCCGUGGCUAGGAGUGAUUUAAGGGGCUUCUCGCUUUGUAAGAAUGGCCCACAAAUCUCACACUUAUUCUUUGCCGAUGAUAGCUUGAUUUUUUGUCGGGCAAGGAUGGGUGAUGUGCAAGCAAUCCAAGUGGCGUUAUCCCUAUAUGAGAGAGCAUCCGGGCAAAAAAUAAAUGGCUCAAAAACAAAUCUUUUUUUUGGUAAAUCUGUCCUUGAGAGCACCAAAUUAGAUUUGAUGAACUACCUAGGGGUGCCGGAGGUAAAGGAGUAUGAAAAGUACCUAGGAUUGCCGGCUAUGGUGGGUAGGAAGAAAAAGGAGAGUUUUAUCUAUAUUAAGGAGAGGAUUUGGGGAAAACUUCAAGGGUGGAAGGAGAAACUUUUGUCACAAGCCGGUAGGGAGGUGUUAUUGAAAGCUAUUGUGCAAGCAAUCCCAUCUUUUGCUAUGAGCGGAAUGGGUUUCAAGGAACUUAGGAAGUUCAACGAAGCCAUGUUAGCUAAGCAAGUUUGGCGGCUGGUUCAUGACCAAAAAUCUCUCUUUUAUCGGGUUUUUAAGGCAAAGUUUUUUCCUUCGGGGGACAUUUUUUCAGCACAUGUCAAAACGGGGUCAUAUGCAUGGCGGAGUAUCCUUAAGGCACGCUACAUAAUUGCUGAAGGUUCUAGAUAUAGAGUGGGGAAUGGCCAAUCUGUCCGGAUUUACAAUGAUUGUUGGCUGCCUGGUGAUGGGUCAGGCAAAGUGAUCUCUCCCCCCUCUUUGUUAUCUGCUGAUUCGAGAGUUUCAGACAUUAUAGAUGCUGAUACGGGUUGGUGGAAUGUGUAUCUGUUGGAGCGAGUUUUUCUGCCAUUUGAGGUGCAAAAAAUAAAAUCCAUCCCUCUUUGUCUUAUCCCACAAGAAGACAUGUUGAUUUGGCCAAAAACUAAGGAUGGCCAGUAUUCGGUGAAGCUUGGGUACCAACUGGUGUGUGCCAAGGAGCUUUCUGGUUCACCGUCAGGAUCAUCAAAUGAGGCAAACCGGAGGUUGUGGUCUGGUUUAUGGAGAAUGAAGGUGCCCAGCAAAGUUAAGACUUUUGCUUGGCGGGCUUGCUCGGAGUCCCUUCCCACGAUGGUGAAUUUGGCUAGGCGAAGAGUGGUUCUGUCCAGCAGCUGCACGGGGUGUAACAGGGGGCCUGAGACAGUGUUUCAUGCUCUAUGGGGGUGUGAGAAGGUGAAGGAGGCAUGGGGUACUAACUUUGAUGAGUUGCGGAGUGCAACGAAUCAAAAUUUAUUUUUUGUUGAUCUUUUCAGGUUGGCGCUGCAGAAUCCACGUGGAGCUAAAGGUUUCAUAAUGAUCUGUUGGUCUAUCUGGAAUCGGCGCAACAAAAUCCGAGUUAAUGAGGUUGCUGCUCCCCUUGAGAAGAUUCCGGAGCUUGCACAGAAGCAGCUGACGGAUUUUCAACAAUUGUGUGCAAAACCAGAAACAAAAAUGGUGGCGCGGAAGGCCAUCUGGAAGCCUCCUGAUGCAGCGCUGCUGAAAGCUAAUUUCGACGGAGCUGUUUUCGACGAUCUGGGAGCUGCUGGAAUUGGUGUGGUGGUGCGUAAUUCGCUGGGUGAGGUCUUGGCGGCUCUGUCUGAAAUAAUCCCCCUGCCUUCAUCCAUUGUUGCUCUGGAAACUAUGGCAGCAAGGCGGGCUGCUCUGUUUGUCCGUGAGUGUGGUUUCAGUGGUGUUAUUUUUGAAGGGGAUUCGGAAGAGUCUAUUUUAGCUAUAAAGAAGAAAAAUUUUCAGCAUCCAGUUGUGGGUCAUUUAGUUCAAGACAUUAUGUCUUCAGUCAGUAUGUUCCAAUACUAUUCUUUCUCUCAUACGCGUCGGCAUGGCAAUGUUUUAGCACAUGCGUUGGCUAGACGAGCGAGAUUGUCUUUUCCUACUUUAGUUUGGAUGAAUUCCGUUCCUACGGAUAUUUAUCGUUUUUUUGUAUCUGACAUUCCAGUAAUAAAAUAA